UCCACUUGAGGACCUCUGACUAGUGGGGCAGGGGGCGCGGAAAUCCUAAAACAGGCCGGCAAGUCAGUUCUUGUUCCUGUUGAGUGUUUCUAUGUUCCACCAUGUGGAGGGCUAAGAAUCAGCUUUUUUUACUUUCACCUCAUUACUUGAAGCAGCUAAAAGAAUCAUCAGGCUCCAGGCUCACAUGGCAACGACUUGUACACCAGCAACUACCUCUUCACCCAGAAUGGGCUGCCCUGGCUAAAAAGCAGCUGAAAGGCAAAAACCCAGAAGAUCUCAUAUGGCACACCCCAGAAGGGAUCUCUAUAAAGCCUUUAUAUUCCAAAAGGGAUACUAAGGAUUUACCCGAAGAACUUCCAGGAGUCAAGCCAUUCACACGUGGACCAUAUCCCACCAUGUAUACCUUUAGGCCCUGGACUAUCCGUCAGUAUGCUGGCUUUAGUACUGUGGAAGAGAGCAAUAAAUUCUAUAAGGACAAUAUUAAGGCUGGUCAGCAGGGAUUAUCAGUUGCCUUUGAUCUGGCAACACAUCGUGGCUAUGACUCAGACAACCCUCGAGUUCGUGGUGAUGUUGGAAUGGCUGGAGUUGCUAUUGACACUGUGGAAGAUACCAAAAUUCUUUUCGAUGAAAUUCCGUUAGAAAAAAUGUCAGUUUCCAUGACCAUGAAUGGAGCAGUUAUUCCAGUUCUUGCAAAUUUUAUAGUAACUGGAGAAGAGCAAGGUGUACCUAAAGAGAAACUUACUGGUACAAUCCAAAAUGAUAUACUAAAGGAGUUUAUGGUCAGAAAUACUUAUAUUUUUCCUCCAGAACCAUCCAUGAAAAUUAUUGCUGACAUCUUUGAAUACACGGCAAAGCACAUGCCAAAAUUUAAUUCAAUUUCCAUUAGUGGAUACCAUAUGCAGGAAGCAGGGGCUGAUGCCAUUCUGGAACUGGCCUAUACUAUAGCAGAUGGAUUGGAGUACACUAGAACUGGACUCCAAGCUGGCUUGACAAUUGAUGAAUUUGCACCAAGGUUGUCUUUCUUCUGGGGAAUUGGGAUGAACUUCUACAUGGAAAUAGCAAAGAUGAGAGCUGGUAGAAGACUCUGGGCUCACUUAGUAGAGCAAAUGUUUCAGCCUAAAAACUCUAAAUCUCUUCUUCUAAGAGCACAUUGUCAGACAUCAGGAUGGUCACUUACUGAACAGGAUCCUUACAAUAACAUUGUCCGUACUGCAGUAGAAGCAAUGGCAGCAGUGUUUGGAGGGACUCAGUCUUUGCACACAAAUUCUUUUGAUGAAGCUUUGGGUUUGCCAACUGUGAAAAGUGCUCGAAUUGCCAGAAACACUCAAAUCAUCAUUCAAGAAGAAUCUGGGAUUCCCAAAGUGGCUGAUCCUUGGGGAGGUUCAUAUAUGAUGGAAUCUCUCACAAGUGAUGUUUAUAAUGCUGCCUUGAAGCUCAUUAAUGAAAUUGAAGAAAUGGGUGGAAUGGCCAAAGCUGUAGCUGAAGGAAUACCUAAACUUCGAAUUGAAGAAUGUGCUGCCCGAAGACAAGCCAGAAUAGAUUCUGGUUCUGAAGUAAUUGGAGUAAAUAAGUACCAGUUGGAAAAAGAAGAUUCUGUGGAGGUUCUGACAAUUGAUAAUACUUCAGUGCGUAUCAAGCAGAUUGAAAAAAUUAAGAAGAUCAAAUCUACCAGGGAUCAAGCUUUGGCUGAACAGUGUCUUGCUGCACUAACUGAAUGCGCUGCCAGUGGAGAUGGAAAUAUUCUGGCUCUUGCAGUGGAUGCAGCUCGUGCAAGGUUGAAAUUUGAUGUACUUUCAAGUGUGUCAUUGUGCUUAUGUGACUACCUUGAUAUUUUACCAGUUAAAAUGGAUUUUGCAGGUCCUCUUUUUCAGACUCCUCGUGAAGUAGCCCAGCAGGCUGUGGAUGCAGAUGUGCAUGCAGUGGGUGUGAGCACACUUGCUGCUGGUCAUAAAACCCUAGUGCCUGAGCUCAUCAAAGAACUUAACUCCCUUGGACGGCCAGAUAUUCUUGUCAUGUGUGGAGGGGUGAUACCACCACAGGAUUAUGAAUUUCUGUAUGAAGUUGGUGUUUCCAAUGUAUUUGGUCCUGGGACUCGAAUUCCAAAGGCUGCUGUUCAAGUGCUCGAUGAUAUUGAGAAGUGUUUGGAAAAGAAGCAGCAAUCUAUGUAA